UAUUUGACAUUUCUCGCAGCGUUCAACACCAUCAAUUGUUGUCAUUUCACGUGGUUUCAACUAUGGAUUAUGGUAAAAAUUUGUUGAUGAAAUAUGGCUGGAAAGAGGGCGAAGGUAUUGGAAAAAAUUCCGAUGGUAUUUUGAAACCAAUCAAGGCAAAUUUGAAGUUCGACAAUGCUGGAUUAUGUUAUGAUAAAGCACAGGAAUUCACAAACCAUUGGUGGGAACAGGCUUUUAAUGAUGCUGCCGAAAAUCUUAAUGUAUCGAAUGCACCGGGAAAUGUCUCAAUGUCAACUAAAGAUGAAUCGGUCGAGAUUUUAACGAGCUCCGGUUUAAAAAUAUCGAUAAACAAAUUGAAGAAUAAAAAAGAUGACAGUUAUCUGGGACAUUUUAAAAAAAGUAAUAAAACACAUGAUCAGGAGUCCACCGGUUUGGAGGUGAAACACAGUCCACCAAAAAAAUUACCAUCGAUCAAUAGUAGAAUUCUUACUGAUGACGAUAUACUAAAGGCUUGUGGUGGCCGAACUGCACAUAAAGGAGCCCGCCAUGGUUUAUCACUGAGCGGCAAACUUAGCCGAAUCGAUGCACAAGAACAACAAAUGUUAGAAAAAAUGGCUUUGAAUACAGAAACAGCACCAAACAUCUUCAAAGACUGGAUUCAAGUUAAGAAAAAACAUAAAAAACGGCAAAAAUCAGAUAGCACCGAACAACCACAAACUUUGAAUAGUUCAUCGGAAUCCGUUAAAUUAAAUUUAUUAACACAGUGCAAUGAUUACGUGAGGAAGUCCAAGAAAAAAUUGAAACAAGAACGUAAACGUGCCAAUGAAUUGGCCAAUUCAUUUUCAAAAUUAAAAACGGAAGAUGGUCACUUGGUGGACACAGUCACGGCCAAACUACAUGGAGUUCAGGAUAGUUCAAAAUUAAUAAAAAAAGAAAGACGAAAAAAGUCAAAAAAGCAUCUGAAAAAUAUUCACGAAGAAAUUAAAAUGAACAUCGAUUCGUCUUACCUUUCAAUUCCACCCAAAGCAAAAAAGAAGAAAAAGAACAAGAAACGAAACGACGACCAAAUUGAUGAGCAAUUAGAAAAGAUUAAGGACUCCGGAAUAACGGUGACGAUAAAAAAAUCGAAGAAAAAACGCGAUAAGAAAAAAGAAUUAAAGGAACGCGCUUGUCUCAAUCAAAUUACCAAAAAAAUCAGUAAAUCGAUGUCUUUGGAUGAUUAACACUAAGCGUUUACCUCCAUAAAAAAUAUAUCGAAGAUUAAUCUAUUUGAAAUGAAAACAACUCAUACUUAACCGUUACUUAGUGUCAAUUGCAAUCAUGUACAUAAAGUACAUACUUUGUGUUUUUCCAUUCUCUUUUGAUUGGGCUGACACAAAACGUCAAAUAAAGAAAAAAAAGAAGAAAAAUAGCAUGUCACAAACAUAGGUUUACACGAUAAUUGCAAAAUUUCUCUUAUUUCUUUUAAACAUUUCUUGGUUAUUAUAAGCAAAAAUGCCAUUUUUUAACGAAAAUUUGUAAUCGGAAAAUUAACGAUUGAACACCAAUCAAUCAUAUAUGUAAAUUUUGUUAUCAAACUGUGAAAUAAAUACUGCCCGAAAGUAUUUGUUAAAUAAA